AUGUUUACAUCUCCAUCUGGCAGCUGUAAUGGCCCCUCGUCGCCUUGCUCUACAUUCAUAGAUCCAAGGCUCUCCACCUUGCGAGCUUUUCACCCAGCUCGCCUCGUCUUGAGUGCAACGGCUACAGACGCAAUUGAACUUCGCGAGCAAACAUUCAAAGCAUUCAACUACCGUAUACCCAAGAGUCCGGUGCCCGAACUUGACAUGCAUUACGAGGAUCACCUCACAGCCAGCUCGAGACAACCGAAACAGCUCUCAGCUCCAGUAGUGGAGCAGCCGCAGCCACAACCUCAACAACUUACAAUGGAGGUCGAGUUCCUGAAAUGGAUCAUCAUCUUCAUCACCAUGCUUUUCACCUUGUGGUGCUUGGGGCUGAUGGUGUCUAGCAUGGAUUCAGAAGUCACGCUGGUCGUGACUGUGAUGAUUUCAAGUUUCAUUGUGGACUGGAUGAGGAAUUGGUUGAAGAAGGAAGAGGAAUUCGAACUGUAAAUGUUGAUUUUAAUAUAUCAGAUUCUUGAAACAUAAACAGCGCUAUUUUCGGCCCCACAUUAUCUUGUGGUGACUUCAUUUCUAAUUUUGCCGAUGACCUGUUGUUGUUUUCUUCUCGCUAAGAGAUCAUGUGUCCUUACCUGUCGCUAAAAAGAGGG